AUGGCAGACAUUUCCUGGACUGAAGGAGUCUCCACAGUGGCCAAUGGCAGUUCAGAGCCUCCUCUGGAAGCAGACUUCCAGUACUCCUUGUUUCCUGCCAUCUACAGCAUUGUCUUUGUGCUGGGGCUGCUGGAGAACAUCCCAGCUCUGUACCUGCUCUCCUGCCAGGUGAAGCACAGCUCUCAUUCCUCUCUCUAUAUGACCAACCUUGCUCUGGUGGACACCUUGUUCAUUUGUGUGCUGCCCUUCAAAAUCCAUUACCACCUGAACUGGAACGACUGGAUCUUUGGUGACAUGGCCUGCAGGGUGACAGGGACCUUGUACUACAUCAACAUCUACCUGAGCAUUGCCUUCUUCACCUGCAUCUGCCUGGAUCGCUAUGUGGCAGUGCUGCACCCCUUCACCUACCUCCAGAUCAAAGCCAUCCAUUACCUGCUGGUGGUCACAGCCCUCUGGCUGCUGGCUCUGAGUGUCACAGUUCCACUCAUCCUGGAAGGUCCUCUCCACAACAGUGGGGUGAGGAACACUACAGCUUGCUUUGAGAACUUCCCUGUGAGCAGCUGGACCGGCCGCAUGGCUCCCUACAACGUCCUGGCCUUGGUCUUCGGCUUCCUGGUGCCCUUCUCCAUCAUUCUGGUCAGCUACCCUCUCAUUGCCAGGAAGAUCUCCCAGAUCAAACACAGCACCCGCAAGAGGAAGGCCCUGAGGACCAUCUACACCAUCCUGGGCAUCUGUACCUUGUGCUUUGUCCCCUACCAUCUCACUCACCUGCUCCACUUCUUAGUGAGAGUGCAGCUCAUCCAGAACCAGGCCUUCACCAACCUGAUCUACAAAAUGAGGAGGGUCACCCUGGCCCUGGUGAGCUUCAACUGCUGCCUUAACCCACUCCUCUACUACUUCAGCUCCUCCAGCAAACCAUGGCUCUUCAACUUCAGGCUCUGCUUCAGGUCUAAAAUGGUCUACACCAUCUGUGACCAGAAUCUGGGGGAGGCCUCCUGUGCUUACAAGCUGCAGCAGAUAGAUGGAAACAAACCCCCUGGAGAUGGAAUCGUCUGA